AUGAAUGCCGGGAAGAGGAUGCUCAGACCUGAGCUGUUUAUGGUCCGACAGAGACUGCAGGGCAUGCAGAGAUAUUUAUGGCUCUGUGUGAUGUUCUCCUUGGUGCUGAUAUCAGACUGCUCUCCAUCUAAACCCUGUGAGAAGAACUGUCUGUCAGGCAGGUGUGUGAACGGAUCUUGUGUCUGUGAUCGUGGAUGGGUUGGUGACCAAUGCCAACACUGCCAGGGAAGAUUCAAGUUGACUGAGCCGUCCGGGUACCUAACGGAUGGCCCCAUCAACUACAAGUACAAAACAAAGUGCACCUGGCUGAUUGAGGGCUACCCAAAUGCAGUCCUGAGGUUACGGUUUAACCAUUUUGCGACCGAAUGUAGCUGGGACCACAUGUACGUCUAUGAUGGAGACUCUAUUUAUGCUCCCUUAGUUGCUGUCUUAAGUGGACUCAUUGUCCCCGAACUGAAAGGGAACGAGACCGUCCCUGAAGUGGAGACCAACUCAGGCUACGCACUCCUGCACUUUUUUAGCGAUGCUGCCUACAACCUGACGGGAUUUGAAAUCUUCUACUCAAUCAACUCAUGUCCAAAUAACUGCUCGAGCCACGGGAAGUGCACCUCGGGGAACUCGAUAGCGAGCCGUGUGUAUUGUGAAUGCGAUAAGUACUGGAAGGGUGAGGCCUGUGACAUCCCGUAUUGCAGGAACAACUGUGGCAGCCCCGAUCACGGCUAUUGUGACCUCACCGGGGAAAAGCUGUGCGUGUGCAAUGACAGCUGGCAAGGUCCAGACUGCUCACUAACAGUGCCCUCCACUGAGUCUUACUGGAUCAUGCCCACAGUGAAGCCUUUUGGAGCAUCGCUGGGAAGAGCAUCCCAUAAGACGGUUGUGCAGGAAAAGGUCAUGUGGGUUGUCGGUGGCUACACGUUUAACUACAGCAACUUUCAGAUGAUUCUAAAUUAUAAUCUGGAAAGUGGCAUCUGGAAUACUGUACCCAUCAGUAGCGGACCCCUGCCGAGAUAUGGACACUCCUUGGCACUAUAUCGGGAUGACAUCUAUAUGUUUGGAGGAAAGUUGGAGAUGGGUGCCAGUAACGUAACAGAUGAGCUCUGGGUGUUUAACAUACCCGUCAUGACGUGGUCGCAGAAGUUCCCCAGUGUGCCAGCCCAUGGGCAGGUCUAUGCUGUGGAAGGCCACUCCGCCCAUAUGGUGGAGCUGGAUAACGGCGAUGUGGUGAUGGUGGUCAUCUUCGGCUACUCCUCCAUCUACAGCUACAUCAGCAAUGUUCAGGAGUACAACAUCAGGACGAACACGUGGCUGGUGCCAGAGACUAGAGGAGCAAUCGCUCAGGGUGGUUAUGGCCAUAGCAGUGUGUACGACAGCAGUAGCAAGAGUGUGUACGUCCACGGAGGCUACAAAUCUCUCCCAGCAAACAAAUACGGGCUGGUGGAUGAUCUUUACCGCUAUGAGGUUCAGACCCGGACCUGGACGAUUCUUAUGGAAAGCGGUUACCCACGUUACUUGCAUUCGUCUGUGCUGCUGGGAGGAACUCUACUCAUCUUUGGAGGAAAUACCCAUAAUGAUACGUCCCUUAGCAAUGGAGCCAAGUGCUUCUCUGCUGACUUUCUCGCCUAUGACAUUGCGUGUGAUGAGUGGAAGGUCCUUCCCAAACCAAACUUGCACAGAGACGUGAAUCGCUUUGGACAUACAGCAGUAACCAGUAAUGGAUCCAUGUAUGUGUUUGGGGGUUUCUCUAGCAUCCUUCUGAAUGACGUACUGAUCUACAGGCCGCCAAGCUGUGAGGCUUUCCUUGGUCAGGUGCGUUGUGAGGCUGCAGGCCCUGGUGUGCGCUGCGUUUGGAAAGGGGGCCGCUGCGUGUCCUGGGAGCCCAGCUUCACUAACAGUGCUACACCUGCUCCAUUCUGCCCUGCCAAAGCUGCCACGGUGGAUGAGAGAUGUUACCGCUUCUCAGACUGCACCAGCUGUACUGCCAACACUAAUGGAUGUCAGUGGUGUGACAGCAAGAAAUGCAUCUCAGCUCUCAGUAACUGCACUGCUACUGUAAAGAAUUUCACCAACUGUCCAAUCAGGAAUGAGCAGAUUUGCAGUAAGAUGGCCAACUGCAAGAGCUGCUCUCUCAACCUCAGCUGCCAAUGGGAUCCUCAGCAGCAGGAAUGCCACACACUUCCUGCCCAGCUGUGUGGAGACGGUUGGAGCAAUGUUGGGGAGGCCUGUCUUCAGAUCAAUUCCAGCAGGGAGAGCUAUGACAAUGCUCAGCACUACUGCAAGAACCUGGAGGGAAACAUCGCCUCCCUUACCACAGCCAAGCAGGUGGACUUUGUGCUGGACGAACUACAGAAGUACCUGCUGAAGGGAAAGAAACUGUCCCCUUGGGUUGGCCUAAGGAAGAUCAACGUGUCAUACUGGGGCUGGGAGGACAUGUCUCCAUUCACUAACACCUCUCUGCAGUGGCUGCCUGGUGAGCCAAAUGACUCAGGCUUCUGUGCUUACCUGGAAAGAGCUCAGGUGUCUGGCCUCAGGGCCAAUCCCUGCACAGCCAACACAGACGGCCUCAUCUGUGAGAAACCAGUCGUGAGCCCGAAUCAGAACGCUCGCCCUUGUAAGAUGCCCUGCUCGCUGCGCACCACCUGUGAGAACUGCACCAGCCAGGCCAUGGAGUGCAUGUGGUGUGGAAGCACCAAACGCUGUGUGGACUCCAAUGCCUACGUCAUCUCCUUUCCCUACGGCCAGUGUCUGGAGUGGCAGACAGGAGAUUGUUUGUCUCAGAACUGCUCUGGUUUGCGUACAUGUGGUCUGUGUUUGGAGCAGCCUGACUGUGGCUGGUGUGGAGACCCAAGUAAUACCGGCCGAGGGCAGUGCAUGGAGGGUUCGUAUCGCGGACCUAUGAAGAGCCCCUCCAAACAAAGCCAAGACAUGGUCCUGGAGACGGGGCUCUGUCCAAAAGAGCGUGGCUUUGAGUGGGCCUUCAUCCAGUGUCCCGCAUGCCAGUGUAAUGGUCACAGUACAUGUGUGAACAACAGUGUGUGCGAGCAGUGCCGUAACCUCACCACCGGCCUUCACUGCGAAACGUGCUUGCCCGGUUACCACGGAGACCCAACCAAUGGCGGAAAGUGCCAAGCCUGUAAAUGUAAUGGCCAUGCCAACGUGUGCCAGGUGCUGACGGGGAAAUGCUUUUGUACCACCAAGGGUAUCAAAGGUGACCAAUGCCAGCUUUGUGAUUCAGAAAACCGUUAUCUUGGCAACCCUCUUCGUGGAACCUGUUACUAUAACUUGCUGAUUGAUUACCAGUUCACCUUCAGUCUUCUUCAAGAAGAUGACCAGCACUACACUGCCAUUAACUUCAUGGCCACCCCUGAACAGACCAGCAAGAACUUGGACAUGUCCAUUAAUGCCUCAAACAAUUUCAAUCUGAACAUCACUUGGUCAGUUGGGUCAACAGCUGGGACCAUCUCCGGGGAAGAGAUCCCUAUCGUGUCAAAGACUAACAUCAAAGAGUACAGAGACAGUUUCUCUUGUGAGAAAUUCAGUUUUCACAGCAACCCCAACAUAACCUUCUAUGUGUAUGUCAGCAACUUCUCAUGGCCAAUCAAAAUACAGAUCGCCUUCUCUCAGCACAACAGCAUUAUGGACCUGGUGCAGUUCUUUGUGACGUUUUUCAGCUGUUUUCUGUCCCUUUUGCUGGUAGCUGCGGUGGUGUGGAAGAUCAAACAGACCUGCUGGGCCUCCAGGCGACGAGAGCAACUGAUGAGAGAAAGGCAGCAGAUGGCCAGUCGCCCUUUUGCAUCGGUUGCGGUGACACUGGAUGUUGGCUCAACUCAAGUAGAACUGCUUCAGGGUGGAAUCGAGGGUCCGCCCAAGCCAGUGGCCGUGGAACCCUGUUCUGGGGGUAAAGCAGCAGUGCUCACAGUGCUUUUGUGUCUCCCACGAGGAGCUUCUGGUGUACCUCCACCCGGCCAGUCAGGUAUAGCCAUUGCCAGCGCUCUUAUCGACAUGUCCCAGCAGAAGCCCAUGGACUUCAAAGAGAAAAGCCAAGGCUUCAAGAACCGCAAAGCUCUGCCUCCCACUCACCAGGGCACCUGUGUUUGAAUCGUCUGCGGCCUCGGUGGGCUGUCCUUUACCAGAGCGACCUCCUCUCUUGUGCUGCUUCAGGCAGACGGCGGCCUAGAGCGGCCCCACGUGUGGGGAUUAUUUAGGUGACAGAGCGCCCUCGAUUCCACUCCACAGACACUUCAUCUCUCCUCGUCAUUUGAACAUCGUAAAUAGAUCUCGAUCCGUUUUGAAUGACCUUGCCAUCACCACCUGUUUCAACUCAAGCAUCACUUUAUCAGUUCGACUCCAUCCGAAUCCAAUCAACAGGUGACUUUUUGAUUCACCCAACUCCUUUCCCUUACAGUCAUUUCGGUCUCCUCAAGGCCUUCCGAAUGUUGAGGGCCUCUCCAAUAGUCUCCCAUCUGCUUCACACCAAGCACAGAUGUGCCUCUAGCAUGGUUUGUACAUUUGGACCAGAGUGUCUUGCUAAGUCAGAAGCAGCGUUCUAGUAGUCUAGGGAUGGUCGCCGAAUUCGUGUACGGGUCGAACAGCUCACCUAUUUGUAUGCUCGCAAACCAGACUUACGUUUUUGCUCAAUUUGUAGCUAUUUUGAAUUUUUAUUUCAAGAGAAGGACUAUAGAAAUGUUUGCCAUUUGGCGUGGAAGCUAUCUGUUGUGUAAGCUAAUGACGUUCUGCUGCUGGUAGCCUCAUGCUUGGUAAACUCACGUUAGGAAUGGAUCAAAUCCGUCAAAUUAGAUAGAUAGAUAGAUUUCGCACAUUUCAUACUUAUGCUCUUCUUGUGAAGACUUUGCAUGGACCAUUCACACUAUGCUUGAAAACUUUAAACAGUUUGUGGGUUGUGUGUCACAUGAAGCGUGUCUUCGUGUCUUGAAAUAUUGCUGACCGUUAGAUGCAGUGUAACGCUCCAUAAUAUAGAGGAGCCAGCUGGUUUGGGAGAAACCAAGCGUCAUUUGUAAAUCACAGAGAGAAAGUCGGUCUUUAGGUGAGGGAUGAAAUCGUGCCUCACUGACCUGAUGAACCAGGAGAAUUUCCGCCAGAAGGCCGCAUUGCAACGGGUGUAUAGUAUUGUUAAGGAAAUUCUAGGGAACCCUAGAAAAGCCGAUUGUCUUCUUUAUUUUUAUUGUCGUUUUGCAACGGUACAGAUUUAAAUGAGCAGUGACUCAUUACUUUGCAGUAACGCUUCAUCUCUUUAUAAUGAACUUUUGUAUACUUAAGUUUCACAUAUUGUGAAUGUCCACCAAGGGAGAAAAUUUUGAGGAGACCAGCACGUGAUAGUGGAUUUAGACUGUUCAUGCACUCAAGUACUGUGUCCUCAAACAAUGGGCUUUCUCAAAACAGGUUUCUAUUCACCACACCACUGGAUCUUCUGAAUCUGAUUAACCCACCACUAGGACUGAGUCUGAGCCCUCCGUGAGUAAAACAGGAAAUCUGGGAGAUGUUUCCUCCUCUCUGUGGCAACAGCAAAAAAGUGUACAGCAACCUACUCACUACUUGUUUGCUUUAGAUGGACUUGAAUAUGUGAAUCUAAUGUGAAUUGCUCUUUUUCUCUUCAUGUAGCUACAGUACUUCAAUGUUUUUGUUUGUAUUUUUUGCCGGUUUUAAUAAAGGAUAUUAAAGGUCAAUAGGUAUUUUAGGGCCACCCGCUGUACAUGACGGUGAUGAGAAAUAAUCAUGUCUUUUACAAUGUUUGUGGAAAAAAAAAAUGUUGAAUUGUUUUUAACUAAUUGAUUCCUGUGUAAUACCUCUGUGUUUUGAUUCUUUGGUCACACGUGUAACUAACUCCAUUCAUAUUAGCGUCUGUUUUUAGGGAUGGAUUUGAACUGAAGCUGCUCAUUUAGAUUAUUCUGGGCAUUUUUGAAUUGUGUUUAGGAAUUUAGUUUCAGAGCUAUUUUUUAUCUUGAAGUGAGUUAGAGAUUGUCACGCAGGAAUUCUACAGACUGAUUACACAGGAAUCAUCUCACUGUAACUGAGAAAAAAAAAACAGAUUCAUUCAUCCCUCAGUGCAUAUCAUUAAUCCUCAUUGUAUUUUAAAGAUGAAUGGAAAAAUAAAACACUUGAAUAUUCA